AUGAUCCCCUUCUCCGUCGGAUGGGGUCGCGUGAAUGCCAGGGUACCCAAGACGCACCAGCCGCGACACACCGCGGUGGCGGACUUCCACCGCGACAUGAAGCCAGAAAACAUCCUUGUGCGCGGGGACACGGUGAAGCUCGCGGAUUUCGGCCUCGCCAAGGAGAUCCGUGCCCGCCCGCCGCACACAGAUUACGUGUCGACCAGGUGGUACCGGGCCCCAGAGGCCCUGCUUAGGAGCCCCUCGUACAACUCGCCCAUGGACGUUUGGGCCUGCGGCGGCAUCAUGGCGGAGCUCUACACCUUCAGGCCCCUGAUGCCGGGCACCUCCGAGCCCGACCAGCUCUUCAAGAUCUGCUCGGUGAUCGGGACGCCCUCGCCGCAGGUGUGGCAGGAGGGCUACAAGCUCGCCUCCAAGAUAGGGUUCAAGUUCCCGCAGAUGACCCCGACCAGCCUGGGCACGAUCAUCCCCGGGGCCAGCAAGGAGGCGGUCGACGUCAUGCACGGCAUGCUGAAGUGGGCCCCGGAGGCGCGGCUCUCCGUGGCCCGGGCGCUGCAGCUGCCCUACUUCGAGGCCGACCUCAAGGCGGCCGCCGCGGCCGAGGCGGCGCAGGCGCCCGCCGCGGCGCGGCAGCAGCCCCCGCCGAGCGGCGUGGCGGGCAGCGGCGAGAAGGGCCUGCCGCCGGUGGCCCCGCCGCAGCGCGCGCCCAAGGACAUGGAGCCGAUGUUCCCAGGCAUCUCCGCCAUCCUCGGCAGCAGCCAGAAGCUGGGCAAGGACGGCAGCAGCCAGCCCGGCACGCGCGGCGGAGGGCCCGGCGGCCAGGCGCCGGGCAGGCACCAGCCGGGCUCCGGCGGGGCCCGCGGCGAGCUGCCCCCGCUGGGUGGGGCCGCGAAGUACCAGCCUCUGCCGCCGCCCUCGGUGCACCAGGGCGGCCACGGGGGCCUGCCGGGGCCGUCCGCGAUGCACCACCAGCAGCCGAUGGCCAGGGCCGGCGGCCAGCGCAGCGGCGGAGGCAACUCCGGCGGCACGUCCCGGUACCUCCGCAUGGCGCGGUACCAGCCGGGCGUCGAGGGCAUCCCGACGCCCCAGGCUGCAGGGCCAGCCGGCGGCGUCAGGGCGGGCGGCGGUCUGGGCCUCCUGCCGGACAUCAAGGGCGGCGGCCCCCGGGCGAACCCGCACAGGAGCAAUUUCGCCGCGAACGCCGCGAGGAUGUUCGGCUGAGGCCACCUUUGUCGCGGCCCCAGCGGCCAUGAAAAUUCGCGGGGGCCAGCCAGGCGACGCGACUUCGGGAGCGGUUCCUGGCAUUCGCGGCCCGCGCUUGCCCUUUAUGCCAGGAUCGGUGUCAUGGCCGUACCUGCUUGCCUUCGUGAGUCCCGCUCGCGUGUACCUGCGAAUCAAUCAUAAGCGCUGUGGUACUCCUUGUUCGCUGCAAGCCUGCUCGUGAAUGCCAUAGCGACCGGCGGUCUGUGCCGAUGGCUGCUCCUACCCAUGAGGACGCAUUUUUAUGUUGCUGGUGCACGUCCUCCUCCUCCUC